AUGGGCAUAAUAGGAUGUAAGCUGUUCACUAGAAGAUAGACUAGAAGAUAUGAUGUCCGAUAGACAGAACGCAUGUCCACCAAAAAUAAUCAUAACAUGAGUGGAAAGGAUUGUCUGUGUCAGAGUCAUGACUUGACAGGCUGUGCCUUAGCAAAGACAGGAGGUUAUCAUAACAUAUGGUAUUCGAUCUAGAGAGAUAGGAUGUAAAGACAGAAGUGCUUCAUGUACAAGAGGAUUUGACAGUAAGAUGUCUAAGUAGAAUCAUCUGACCAUAGGGUGGCAUCACCAUUUACUGGAGAUCUAAAGACAUAGACUAACCAUACUGUCACCUUAGACCUACAAGCAGCAGUACUCUACCAUUUUAACAAUCUUUCUGAUUGUCUACUAUGUCUGUGAAUCUGGAACGAGUACUAAGCUUACUGCUAGCAAGUCUUAGCUGCUCAUACUGAUUUACUCUAUAACGAUUACUCUACAAUCAUACUCAUUUUACAUCAAUGACAUAUGCUAUCACAGUGCUACCAAUAACACUCCACUAUCUUUACUUACUUUCUAUACUCUUAACUCUACUCUACUGUCAUACUCUUCUUACUCUACUUACUCUAUACUACUCACUCUCUACUUACUACUACUUACUACUACUUUAUCUACUCUCUACUCUUACUCUACUCUAUCACUCGUACUCUGACCUAUCUUUACUCUAUACUCUACUCCUUUAACUCUACUCUAUACUAUCUUCUACUUACUCUAUUCUACUCUAACUCUUUACUCCUACCUACUCGUAUAUUUCUCAUCUCUACAUACUCUAAUCUCUCUCUACUACUCUACCUUCAUACUCUACUCUUACUCUAUACUUACUCUACUCUACUUUACUCUCUACUACUCUCACUCUUUACUCCUACUUCUACUCACUCACUCUACUACUACUCUUACUCUCUCUUCUACUCUACUCUAUACUCUACUCUACUCUCUACUCUACUCUAUACUCUACUCUAUACUCUUUACUCUCUACUCUAUACUCUAUACUCUCUACUCUACUCUCUACUCUACUCUUUACUUAUACUCUCUACUCUACUCUACUACUCUACUCUAUACUCUCUACUCUUACUACUCUACUCUUACUCUACUCUACUCUCUUACUCUCUACUCUUUACUCUCUACUCUACUCUCUACUACUAUUACUCUACUACUCUACCUACUACUACUCUAUACUCUACCUACUCUACUCUCUACCUCUCUACUCUACUCUAUCUCUACUCUACUCUUACUAUACUCUAACUCUUACUCUUACUCUCUACUCUACUCUAUACUCUACUCCUACUCUUACUCUCUACCUCUAUACUCUUACUCUCUACUUUUACUCUAUCUACUCUACUACUCUACUCUACUCUACUCUACUCUAUCUCUCUCUACUCUACUCCUCUACUCUCUACCUUUACUCUACUACUCUCUACUCCUCUCUAUAUUACUCUAUGCUCUGACUUACUCUCUACUCUAUACUCUUUACUCUCUACUCUCUACUCUAUACUCUUUACUCUCUUACUCUCUACUCUUUACUCUACUCUAUACUAUACUCUCUACUCUACUCUCUCCUCUACUCUUUACUAUAUGCUCUACUCUACUCUAUACUCUCUAACUCUCUACUCUCUAAUCUACUCUAUGCUCUACUCUACUCUCUACCUACUCUCUACUCUACUCUCUACUCUUUACUCUGUAUUCUACUCUACUCUCUUUCUCCACUCCGACCAACAGAACGGACAGGCAACAGUUUCCUCUGUUUCCAUAGCAACCCCAGUCCAAUUACCACCGCUGCACUGCACUGGCUCCACUUUGGCAAGAUGGAGACGAUUCCCUUCUCUCACUCUUUGUGUGUGUGUGUGUGUGUGUGUUUGUGCGUGUUCCUGCAUGCUGAUGCGUAUGUGUGUGCCUGUGUCUAUUUCCGAGCAUGGUCAUGUACGACUUCCCUGUGUCUCUUUAUCCAAACAGCUGUCUGUGAUGAGGGGCUUGCUACGCCUCCCGACUAGAAAACCUCCAGCUCUGUGCAUCCAUGCAGAAUAGUACUGAUGUAGAGGCUCUCACUCAUUCUCCUCCCCUCCCCCUCUUUAAACCCCCCCCCCCCCCCCCCCCCCACACACACACACACACACACACACACACACACACCACCGCAGCCCAUGUGAUCCCCAGCUGCCACUCUAUUGGCUGAUACUGCCGUGGCGUGCAUCCAAUCGGGCUUAAACGCUGAGAUCAACAUAAGCGGGGCUGCCUGGUGAUCCUCCCAGACUGGCUGCAGAGAGGAGGUAGAUCUCGUGAGGCAGGCAGGAGGAAGAGCGGCGCCCUCCGCGACCACGAUCGCCACGACAACACGCCUCACGCCGUGGCUAGAGCCCAGCCAGCUCCGUUAGCACCGCUCUAUCGCUCUACCAGGGGACCAUCUGCCGUUGCGUCCCCUCUCCCUCCCUCUCUCUAUCUCUCUAUCCCUCUCUUCUUCGCUUCCUCUCUACACACGUUAGCUGCUCCUCUCAUUUGGGUGCGUCCGAGGUUCUGCUGCCAGUCAUUAUGAAGCACAGCGUGGCAGCAGCAGCCAUGGAGGUGACACUUAUAGGUAAGACACUGGCUGAUAUGCUUUAUCUACCUCUAGAGAGAAGAGAGUGAGAGAGAAGAGCAGGGGCUUUGGCUGCUGGCUGCUGGCUGAGAGAGGAGAGGGGGGAAGGGGUUUGUGUUGUUGCCUGGCUGCGGAGGAGAGUUGAGAGGUAAGGAGCAGAGCAAUGCUCAUAGGACAGAUGGGGCAGUGCUGGGUAGUGUGUGUGUGUGUGUGUGUGUGUGUGUGUGUGUGUGUGUGUGUGUGUGUGUGUGUGUGUGUGCACGAGCACCCGCGCGUUUGUGCAUGCGACUCUGUGAGGCAUAAUCAGGUUAGAGCAGCCCAUCUCAGCCUUCUGAUUAAAAGCCUCCCAAUCACAGCAAACACAGAGCCUAAAGCUCACUCUGAAGCUGUAUUUGUGAACACAGACAGAGCAGAGGGAAGUGGUGGCAGUUUUUUUAAAAUCUGAUAACUGCUUGCAUCAGUUACCUGAUGUGGAAUAGAGUUCCAUGUAGUCAUGGCUCCACGUAGUACUGUGUGCCUCCAAUAGCCUGUUCUGGACUUGGGGAUUGUGAAGAGAUCUCUGGUGGCAUGUCUUGUGGGGUAUGCAUGGGUGUCCGAGCUGUGUGCUAGUAGUUUAAACAGACAGCUCGGUGCAUUCAGCUUGUCAACACAAGUAGUGAUGAAGUCAAUCUCUCCUCCACUUUGAGCCAUGAGAGAUUUACAUGCAUAUUAUUAAAAUUAGCUCUCCCAUGUACAUUUAUGGGCCAGCCGUGCUGCCCUGUUCUGAGCCAAUUGCAAUUUUCUGAGGUAUAUACUGUAGCAAUAUAAAACAACUAGAUGAUGGUCUUUGACAUGGUUACUGUAGCUAUAGCUACCCCCAGGAUAAUCUGCUUUGUCUAGAAGACUCCAUUCACAUUUGGCCUUGUUGGAUUAUGCAAAUAGAAAUCCUCACAGGCCUCGAUUAUUACUGGUGCUGGGCUGCAGGCAAGCCUCCUCCUUGACCUAUUGUCUCCCUGCUGCUGUGCUAGCAUGCUAUGAUGUGGCCCCUCUCGUCCACUGAGUAGAUUCCAAUGGCAUUUAGUACCUAAGCCUGGCUAACCACUGUAUCUGUGACAGAAAAGAGACAAUGUCCGGGUUCAGCAACUCUUUUAUUAUUUUGAAACAUAUUGCAUGGUCAUGUGUAGCCUAAUGUUGAAUUGGGCUCCAUAUCCCCAACAGAGGGAGGUAGUUUAGCUUAGGCUAGAUGUUGUUUCAGAGAUGGGUGUAGUGGUGAAUGUACACUUAAUGGCCAGUUUAUUAGGGACACCCAUCUAGUACCGGGUCGGUCCCCUCUUUGCCUCCAGAACAGCCUGAAUUAUUCGGGGCAUGGAAACAUUUCUCAAUUAGUAUCAAGGGACUUAACUACUGCCACCAGCCUGUACCGUUGACAUCCGGCAGGAUGGGGCCAUAGACUCAUGCUGCUUACGUCAAAUCCUGACUCUGCCAUCAUAACGACGCAACCGGAACCGGGAUUCGUCGGACCAGGUGAUUGUUUUCUGCUACUCAAUUGUCCAGUGUUGGUGAUCAUGUGCCCACUGGAGCCGCUUCUUCUUGUUUUUAGCUGAUCGGAGUGGAACCCGGUGUGGUCGUCUGCUGCAAUAGCCUGUUUGUGGCCCGCCCUUUAGCUUACACAAUUCUUGCCAUUCUUCUUCGGCCUCUCAUCAACAAGCUGUUUUCACCCACAGGACUGCCGCUGAGUGAAUGUUUUUUGUUUGUCGCACCAUUCUCGGUAAACCCUAGACACUGUUGUGUAUGAAAAGCCCAGGAGGCCGUUUCUGAGAUACUGGAAUCGGUGCGCCUGACACCGACAAUCAUACCACGCUCAAAGUCGCUUAGUUCACUAGUUUUGCCCAUUCUAACAUUCAAUCGAACAGUAACUGAAUGCCUCGAUGCCUGUCUGCCUGCUUUAUUUAGCAAGCUGCGGCCUCGUGACUCACUGUCUGUAGGAGCGAACCAUUUUCGUGAAUAGGGUUGUGUACCUAAUAGUCUUAUGUGUCUAGCUCUGAGAGGCAGCUAGCUAGAGCAGUGAGAGGCAGAGCACAGCCCACCACCUCCCCAUAGACCUUCAGUCCGUCUCCUCUCCUCCAGCACAGAGACCAGACAUUCCCAUUCUAGACAGGUUUUUUCUCCCUCCCCCCUACAUUUUCUCCAUCUCUCUUUUCCACCUUUGUCCUCCUUCUCCCUCCUUCUUUUCCACACAUACACACUCUCUACCGCUCUCCUCUCUUUCUUCAUAUCAAUACUCUCUCUCUCUCUCUCUCUCUCUCUCUCUCUCUCUCUCUCUCUCUCUCUCUCUCUCUCUCUCUCUCUCUCUCUCUCUCUCUCUCUGAACUUCUCUCCUGUUCCUUUCCUUUAGUGAUGUCAGACCAGCUAUUGAUGUCCCAUCUCUCUGCCUGUUUGCCUUCCACCCUAACAAGGUUUCCCUUAUUGUCUUUGCUUCUGAGGGGGGAGGGGGGGCAGUCUCAACCCCUCACCUCCCCCUCUCAGAUACGGGGAGGAUGGCGUGAUGGAGGGAAAGAGGGGAACGAGGUAGGGGAGAGGGAGCAUUGCUGAACACUGUGGCCCUAGGGGGCAUCUCUCAUCUGUCAGAGCAGUCUGCCUCGACACACGCUGAUAAGGCCAACGCUGUGCACACAAAUAACAGCUGGGGUAAUCAAGCAGCAAUCAGCAGCAAGGUAUUUGAACAGAGAUGGAGACAGAUGGAUAUUUAGAUGUCAUGUUGUGGUAGGGUUUGGAUGUGAUGUCUGGUGGCACAUAGCAAUAUGACAGAGAACGAUGACAGAAGAGGACAUUUAGAUGGAUGAAGAUUCUGAUAUAGAUUGAAUCAGAAGGCUGUGUUGUCUAACAUGGGAAAGAUAGAGGUAGCUGUACAUCACCACAGUGGUCAUGAAUGAGCAGAACUAGACUGGUUGUGUGUGUAGUAAUUUCCCUUAGCGUGUAUAGAUAUCUGCAACCGACACUGCUCUUGUUUAGGUCCCAAAUGGCACCCUAUUCCCUAUUCCCUAUUCAGUGCACUACUUUUGACCACAGCCAUAUGAGCCCUGGUCAACAGUAGUGCACCAUUUGGGACACAGACUACGACUGCGGUGUUACACCCAUGAGCCCAGAUGCUUUGUAACAAAGGGUCCUAAAAGCUGUGGUAAAGAAGGUUGAUAUUUUCUUCACCUUGAAGACGUGAAGCAUGCAUGAAGCACUGAAGCAUGCAUGAGAGCACCAGCUGUUCCGGAUGACUAUGUGAUCACGCUCUCCGUAGCCAAUGUGAGUAAGACUUUUAAGCAGGUCAACAUUCACAAGGCCGCAGGGCCAGAUGGAUUACCAGGACGUGUACUCCGUGCAUGCGCUGACCAACUGGCAAGUGUCUUCACUGACAUUUUCAACAUGUCCCUGACUGAGUAUGUAAUACCAAUAUGUUUCAAGCAGACCACCAUAGUCCCCGUGCCCAAGAACACUAAGAUAACCUGCCUAAAUAACUACCAACCCGUAGCACUGACGUCUGUAGCCAUGAAGUGCUUUGAAAGGCUGGUCAUGGCUCACAUCAACACCAUUAUCCCAGAAACCCUAGACCCACUCCAAUUUGCAUACCGCCCCAACAGAUCCACAGAUGAUGCAAUCUAUAUUGCACUCCACACUGCCCUUUCCCACCUGGACAAGAGGAACACCUACAGUGAGGGAAAAAGGUAUUGGAUCCCCUGGUGAUUUUGUACGUUUGCCCACUGACAAAGACAUGAUCAGUCUAUAAUUGUAAUGGUAGGUUUAUUUGAACAGUGAGAGACAGAAUAACAACAAAAAAAUCCAGAAAAACGCAUGUCGAAAAUGUUAUAAAUUGAUUUGCAUUUUAAUGAGGGAAAUAAGUAUUUGACCCCUCUGCAAAACAUGACUUAGUACUUGGUGGCAAAACCCUUGUUGGCAAUCACAGAGGUCAGACGUUUCUUGUAGUUGGCCACCAGGUUUGCACACAUCUCAGGAGGGAUUUUGUCCCACUCCUCUUUGCAGAUCUUCUCCAAGUCAUUAAGGUUUCGAGCCUGACGUUUGGCAACUCGAACCUUCAGCUCCCUCCAUAGAUUUUCUAUGGGAUUAAGGUCUGGAGACUGGCUAGGCCACUCCAGGACCUUAAUGUGCUUCUUCUUGAGCAACUCCUUUGUUGCCUUGGCCGUGUGUUUUGGGUCAUUGUCAUGCUGGAAUACUUAUCCACGACCCAUUUUCAAUGCCCUGGUUGAGGGGAGGAGGUUCUCACCCAAGAUUUGACGGUACAUGGCCCCGUCAAUCCUCCCUUUGAUGCGGUGAAGUUGUCCUGCCCUUAGCAGAAAAACACCUCCAAAGAAUAAUGUUUCCACCUCCAUGUUUGACGGUGGGGAUGGUGUUCUUGGUGUCAUAGGCAGCAUUCCUCCUCCUCCAAACACGGCGAGUUGAGUUGAUGCCAAAGAGCUCGAUUUUGGUCUCAUCUGACCACAACACUUUUACCCAGUUCUCCUCUGAAUCAUUCAGAUGUUCAUUGGCAAACUUCAGACGGGCCUGUAUAUGUGUUUCUUGAGCAGGGGGACCUUGCGGGCGCUGCAGGAUUUCAGUCCUUCACGGUGUAGUGUGUUACCAAUUGUUUUCUUGGUGACUAUGGUCCCAGCUGCCUUGAGAUCAUUGACAAUAUCCUCCCGUGUAGUUCUGGGCUAAUUUCUCACCGUUCUCAUGAUCAUUGCAACUCCACGAGGUGAGAUCUUGCAUGGAGCCCCUGGCCGAGGGAGAUUGACAGUUCUUUUGUGUUUCUUCCAUUUGCAAAUAAUCGCACCAACUGUUGUCACCUUCUCACCAAGCUGCUUGGCGAUGGUCUUGUAGCCCAUUCCAGCCUUGUGUAGGUCUACAAUCUUGUCCCUGACAUCCUUGGAGAGCUCUUUGGUCUUGGCCAUGGUGGAGAGUUUGGAAUCUGAUUGAUUGAUUGCUUCUGUGGACAGGUGUCUUUUAUACAGAUAACAAGCUGAGAUUAGGAGCACUCCCUUUAAGAGUGUGCUCCUAAUCUCAGCUCGUUACCUGUAUAAAAGACACCUGGGAGCCAGAAAUCUUUCUGAUUGAGAGGAGGUCAAAUACUUAUUUCCCUCAUUAAAAUACAAAUCAAUUUAUAACAUUUUUGACAUGCGUUUUUCUGGAUUUUUUUGUUGUUAUUCUGUCUCUCACUGUUCAAAUAAACCUACCAUUAAAAUUAUAGACUGAUCAUUUCUUUGUCAGUGGGCAAACGUACAAAAUCAGCAGGGGAUCAAAUACUUUUUUCCCUAACUGUACGUGAGAAUGCUAUUCAUUGACUACAGCUCAGCAUUCAACACCAUAGAGCCCUCAAAGCUCAUCACUAAGCUAAGGAUCCUGGGACUAAACACCUCCCUCUGCAACUGGAUCCUGGACUUCCUGACGAGCCGCCCCCAGGUGGUAAGGGUAGGUAACAACACAUCUGCCACACUGAUCCUCAACACGGGGGCCCUUCAGGGGUGCGUGCUCAGUCCCCUCCUGUACUCCCUGUUCACCCAUGACUGCAUGGCCAGGCACGACUCCAACACCAUCAUUAAGUUUGCCGACGACACAACAGUGGUAGGCCUGAUCACCAACAACGAUGAGACAGCCUAUAGGGAGGAGGUCCGAGACCUGGCCGUGUGGUGCCAGGAUAACAACCUCUCCCUCAACGUGACCAAGACAAAGGAGAUGAUUGUGGACUACAGGAAAAAAAGAGGACUGAGCACGCCCCCAUUCUCAUCGACGGGGCUGUAGUGGAACAGGUUGAGAGCUUCAAGUUCCUUGGUGUCCACAUCACCAACAAACUAUCAUGGUCCAAACACACCAAGACAGAAGAGAGCACGACAAAGCCUAUUCCCCCUCAGGAGACUGAAAAGAUUUGGUAUGGGUCCUCACAUCCUCAAAAAAUUCUACAGCUGCACCAUCGAGAGCAUCCUGACUGGUUGCAUCACCGCCUGGUAUGGCAACUGCUUGACCUCCGACCGCAAGGCACUACAAAGUGUAGUGCGUACGGCCCAGUACAUCACUGGGGCCAAGCUUCCUGCCAUCCAGGACCUCUAUACCAGGCGGUGUCAGAGGAAGGCCCUCAAAAUUGUCAAAGACUCCAGCCACCCUAGUCAUAGACUGUUCUCUCUGCUACCGCACGGCAAGCGGUACCAGAGUGCCAAGUCUAGGUCCAAAAGACUUCUCAACAGCUUCUACCCCCAAGCCAUAAGACUCCUGAACAGCUAAUCAUGGCUACGCGGACUAUUUGCACUGCCCCCCAUCUUUUUACGCUGCUGCUACUCUGUUAAUUAUUUAUGCAUAGUCACUUUAACUCUACCCACAUGUACAUAUUACUUCAACUACCUCAACUAGCCGGUGCCCCCUCACAUUGACUCUGCACCGGUACCCCUCUGUAUAUAUAGCCUCCCUACUGUUAUUUUAUUUUACUUCUGCUCUUUUUUUCUCAACACUUUUUGUUGUUGUUUUAUUUAACUUUUUUAUUAAAAAUAAAUGCACAGUUGGUUAAGGGCUGUAAGUAAGCAUUUCACUGUAAUGUCUGCACCUGUUGUAUUCGGCGCAUGUGGCCAAUAACAUUUUAUUUUAUUUUAUUUGAAUCUGUGUGUGUAUGUGACUGCCUUUACCUUGUAUAGGUGUGUGUUUCUUUGUUGUGUGUGUGUGUGUGUAGCAGCAGCUGUGUCUUCCAGACUGUGUGUGUGUCCCCUCUUCUUGCCAGUCUGUCAGGCAGAGGUGUAUGUGUACUCUGCCUGACACUGACAGAAUCUGCUGGUUACUGAACACCAGUCACGUCUCAGGUCAUGAUGUUUCUCCUUAGCUCACCUCAUCUGCCUAACAAAGGAUGUGUCCCAAACAGGGGAGUCAUUUCAGCUAAACUUAGGGUAUGGCAAAGUGACAGUGUUUGAGGUGACAUGUGUUUGAGGUGAGUGAAGCUACAGCAGCUGGGUGAUUUAUACAUUUGAAGCUCAUUUACUGCAUUUUUAUACAAUUUUAAAACUCUAAAAUGCUAUUUGGAGAACAGCAGAAAAUGAUCAAAAUUGGCUCCAGCCAUUAUCACCCAGCUGCUGCAGCUUCAUUCACCUAUAACACAUGUCAUACAGAAAUGAGCUGCUAUGCACUAGCUAGCUCAGCACUGGGAUGUCAAUGAUUAGCCUCAUACUGUUACUGUACAGCAGAAAAUCUGUAAUAUAUGAAUGACUGUCCUAUAGUAAUGUGAAUGUUCAAUGUUUUAUUUAAUUAGGGAGUCUAGAACAAAUGUAAUGAAAACAUUGACAUGUUGAAUAAACAACAGUCCGAUGCAUUGUACCAUCAUGUUAGCUCGCGCUUUUUGUCAAGACUGUAUUAAGCUGUAGUGUGUGUGUGUGUGUCUGAAACCGUAAAGCACAUAAAACCGCUGUGUUGCCACGAUGCCUCCAUCUCAAAAUGCCAACAUCAUGCAGCAACAGCAGCAGUAAACAGAACCUUAUUGAAGCGUAAGGAAGGUUCUCUGGAGAGAGAGAGAGAGAGAGAGAGAGAGAGAGCGUUAUAAGUUAUUGGUUAUGUGGUCUGAAUGGGAAUGAUAAUGUGCUGUUCAUUAGGGAAGAAACGUUUCAAAACGUUUUGCAACAGAAAACAAAACUGACCCUAUCUUAUUGGACAAGACCAGGUAGUUCCUCCCUGUAUCAGUAAGUCUAAUGACACAGGACCCUGUAGUCUGUCAGGCUCACCUCUGUCAAGAUGGUUCGUAUUAAAUGGGAUGAAUAUUCAAACCUAUAUAUCACUAUGCAGCCCUCCCUCCGCCUGCCUGUCAGUCUUGGAGGAGGCCAAUCAACUUAGACCCAGACCUGAGGGAAACGCUGAUAUGGCUAAACCCUCAUUGAGGGGUGUAAAUCUGGCCUCAUGAUGGUGGUCUCUCCCCCUUCCUCCUGGAGGAGAACAUAACCUACCGGACAUACAUCUUCACUUUAGGAGACAGACAGGAGAGGAACAGGAGACAAUGGUGUCUCAUAAGUAUCCUCCCAUCAUACAUGGGAUGCCAUAGGUGGAGUUCCUCCAGAGAGGAGAGAGAAUGGGAUGAAACAGAGUCAGAGUAUUUAGUUUUUAUCUCUGUUUUCUUCCCCCUGAAGGCUGAAAGGUAGAGGAGAGGGGUUUGGUACUUCCACUAGGAUAUGAAAUAAGGCCAACCUGAACUUGUCCAAUAAGAACACAUAUUUUGGUGUUUUGUUGCAAAGCGUUUUAUUACAGUGUGUUCUACUGAACACAUCCCGGAACUCUUCCCACAUCAAGCUCUGAAAUGUAUGUCUCUCCAUACAUAUUGUUGUUCAUCCUGGUUCUCCUCAGAGGCCAGACGACCCGCGUAAAGCAGAGGGGAUUAGAGUGUGUCUGGGGGCUGGGGGAUGACACAGAGCCUCCCUGGCUCUCCCUGGGGACACUCAGAAGCCUGUCACUAAUCAUGGUGAAUGACCCUCUCCCCUCUCCCCUUAACACCCCACCAACCCACCAGUCUACAGGGGGAGAGAGACAGCCAAAAAGGGUAAUAAAGUGACAUCCUUCCCUAUGUAUUUUCCUAUAAUAAAAAAUAAAAACACAUGACCCAGAUGGAUGCUGUCUACUAAAUAGAAGGGGGUAGGGGAAAGUAUAGCCAAACGGCUGUAGCUCUUAAUGGCUCCGUUGGUAAAGCAUGGGUUUUGGGUUCAAUUCCCACGUUCACCGCUCGAGAUAACUACCCAGUCGCUCCAGAUAACUACCCAGUCGUACUCUAUCUGAAAACAUGACAGCGCAGUUAUUAUCUUGCUGUUUUCCCCCGCCCUGUUUUUUGUUUGUUUUCCAAGGUCAUUGUUAUGCCAAGUUUUACGCAGAGUGUUGUGAUUACCACCGUGGCAGAACAUAUUUGCAUCCCAGAAGAUAAAUCUGGAUUAAAGAGUGUAAUCAGCUGGAAAAUGAUGGAUUUUUUUGGUUGGUGGUUCAGUGAUGCCACCCGGUUUAUCGGAUCUGGAAUUAAAAAUGGGUUAAUUCCUUUAAUUCCUCUUUAUGGCACUCACUCACAGCGAGCGUGGAUGCCCAAAUAGUGGAUUUGAAGCAGGGCCAUUUCCACUCCUCUGUGAGCUACUGUCGAUUUUUAGAGACCAUUAUCCAAAAAAAACAACCUGUUAACGCUUUGGUUUGAAGGUUUUUGGGUGCUGUUGUAUACCUUUAGUGAUGUUUUCUCUUCACUUCCCUUAAUUUUUUUAUUUCUCACCCCUGGCGAGGGCUCAGUCUUCAUCUGGUUAGAUUUCACUAAGCUUUUCGGAUCAGAAUUCUGCACUAUAAUCGCCUCUUCACUCACAACAAACACACACACACACUGACACAGACACCGACACCGACACAGACAGACAGACAGACACACACAGACAGACAGACACACACACAGACAGACACACAGACAGACAAACAGGCACACACACCGACACAGUCACACACACAGACAGACAGACAGGCAGGCAGACACAGACAGACAGACAGACAGACAGACAGACAGACAGACAGACAGACAGACAGACAGACAGACAGACAGGCAGGCAGGCAGGCAGGCAGGCAGGCAGGCAGGCAGACAGUGUAUAUCUUCCCCUGGCUCUCUCUCUGCUCUUUCUUUCUCUCUCUAUCUGUGUGGAUCAUUCUUCGUUACUGACGUGUUGACACAUGGUGGGAAGACUUGUUUGCACUUUAUUGAUGAUUCCUGUUAACAGAAGGAGGUGUUUGCUUAGACCCACACAUAUUUAACCCUCAACCUGUAAGAGAGGAAGAUAGGGUAACAUAAUUAACCAUCAGCCUGUUAGAGAGAGGAAGAGAGGGUAACAUAAUUAACCAUCAGCCUGUUGGAGAGAGAGAGGAAGAUAGUGUAACAUAAUUAACCAUCAGCCUGUUGGAGAGCGAGAGGAAGAUAGGGUAACAGAAUUAACCAUCAGCCUGUUGGAGAGCGAGAGCACCUACAACACCCUCUUCAUUCACUAAGGAAGGAACCCACCACACCCAUCUCAAGAGACAUAUAUAUGUGCACUCUAUCACUUCAAUCUAUACAGUUAUAGUAUGUUUCUAAUGUGAUAAAUCACCAAAAUAUAUAUAAGUUUAUUGGUUGACUAACAUCUACAGAUAACAUCUACAGAUUUGUAGAUGUUAUUGAAGGUGCAGCGAAAUUCUUGUGUUUCUAGCACCAAUAGUGCAGUAACAAUACCUAGCAAUCACAUAAUCACAAGAAAUUAAGAAAUACCAGAGCGAGCAAUGUCAGGGUCCGGAAUGUAAAUAUACUGUAUAUACACUGAGUGUACAAAACAUUAAGAACACCUGCUCUUUCCUUGACAUAGACUGAUCGGGUGUUUAUUUCACUGUUAAUAUUACAGAACCUUUGUUUUUUAUUCUUGACACCCUAGACUUAAUAUUUGGUAGCACAGCCUUUGGUCAAAAAUAACUGCAAUCAAGUGCUUCCUAUAGCCUUCGAUGAGCUUCCUGCACCUCUGUACUGGCAGUUUGGCCCAGUCCUCUUGUGCAAACUGCUCCAGUUCUCCCAGAUUUUAAGUGGGCCUUCUCCCAACUGCUGUUCUCAGAUCUCUCCACAAGUUUUCAAUGGGAUUUAGAUCUGGACCCACUUCAGAACAGUCCAGCGUUUUGUCUUGAACCAUUCCUGGGUGCUUUUUGAAGUGUGUUUGAGGUCAUUGUCCUGCUGGAAGACCCAUAAUCUUAGAUGGAGACUCAGCUUUCUGACACUGGGUCUGACAUUGCGCUCCAAAAUGCGUUGGUAUUCUCUUGAUUUCAUGAUGCCAUGCACACAUUCAAGGCACCCAGUGCCAGAGGUAGCAAAGCAACCCCAAAACAUCACUGAACCUCCUCCAUGUUUGACUGUAGGGAAGGUGUUCUUUUCUUUGAAGGCUUCAUUUUGUUUUCUGUAAACAUAGAGAUGGUGUGCUUUACCAAAAAGCUCUAAUUUGGUCUCAUCUGUCCACAGGACAUUCUCCCAGAAGGAUUUUGGCAUGUUCAGGUGUGUUUUGGCAAAUUGCAGUUAGGGUUUCUUAUGUCUCUCUCUCAGCAGUGGGGUCCUCCUGGGUGUCCUACCAUAUAACCCCCUUUCAUUGAGUUGGCGACGGAUGGUGCGAGUUGAAACUGUCGUACCUUGUGUCUGAAGGUCAGCUUGAAUCUGUGUGGCAGUUGAUUGAGGUGCUUUCUCCACCAUUCGAACAAUCCUUCGCUGCAAGUUUUCUCUUGCGGCUACGUCCAGGGAGGUUGGCUACAGUGGCAUGGGCCUUUAACUUCUUGAUAACAUUACUUACGCUGGAAAUGGGAACAUCAAGGUAUCUGGAGAUACCACCCAUCUACACACAAUACACACAAUCUACACACAAUACCCCCCAUCUACACACAAUACCCCAUAAUGACAAUGUCAAAACAUGUUUUUAGACAUUUUGUGCAAAUGUAUUGAAAAUGAAAUACAGAAAUGUGUCAUUUAACAUAAAUAUUCACACCCCUGAGUCAAUACAUGUUAGAAUAACGUUUGGCAGCGAUUACAGCUGUGAGUCUUUCUGGGUAAGUCUCUAAGAGUUUUGCACACCUGGAUUGUACAAUAUUUGCACAUUAUUCAUUUUAAAAUUCAAGCUCUGUCAAGUUGGUUGUUGAUCAUUGCUAGAUAGCCAUUUUCAAGUCUUGCCAUAGAUUUUCAAGCCGAUUUAAGUCAAAACUGUAACCAGGCCACUCAGGAACAUUCAAUGUCAUCUUGGUAAGUAACUCCAGUGUAUAUUUGGCCUUGUGUUUUAUGUUAUUUUCCAGCUGAAAGCUGAAUUUGUCUCCCAGUGUCUGUUGGAAAGCAGACUGGACCUGGUUUUCCUCUAGGAUGUUGCCUGUGCUUAGAUAUUUUCAGUUUAUUUUUAUUUUAAAAAAAACUCCCUAUUCCUUGCCGAUGACAAGCAUACCCAUAACAUAAUGCAGCCACCGCCAUGCUUGAAAAUAUGAAGUGGUACUCAGUGAUGUGUUUUCUCAUCUCAAAGCCAUUAAACUCUGUAACUGUUUUAAAGUCACCAUUGGCCACAAAUCUCUGAGUGGUUUCCUUCCUCUCCGGCAACUGAGUUAGGAAGGACACCUGUAUCUUUGUAGUGACUGGUUAUAUUGAUACACCAUCCAAAGUGUAAUUAUUAACUUCACCAUGCUCAAAGGGAUAUUUAAUGUCCUUCUUUGGGAAGCAUUGGAAAACCUCCCUGGUCUUUGUGGUUGAAUCUGUGUUUGAAAUUCACUGCUCAACAGAGGGACCUUACAGAUAAUUGUAUGUGUGGGGUACAGAGAUGUGAUAGACAUAGAAAAGUAUUGUUAAACACUAUUAUUGCACACAAGAGUCAGUUGUUAAGCACAUUUUUACUCCUGAACUUAUUUAGGAUUGCCAUAAUAAAGGGGUUGACUCAAGACAUUUCAGCUUUUCAUUUUUUAUUAAUUUGUAAAAAUGUCUAAAAACAUAAUUCCACUUUGACAUUAUGGGGUAUUGUGUGUAGGCCAGUUACAGAAAAUAUAUUUUAAAUUCAGGCUGUAACACAACAAAAUGUGGAAAAAGUCAAGGGGUGUGAAUACUUUCUGAAGGCACUGUAGGUACUCAGCUUUUAGAGAUUCCCUAAAUACUGUUCCGGCCUCACACUUAGCGAUGGAAGAGAGACUCAAGCCACCAUUUGUUAUGAAUAUUGUAUGUGGAAAUAUGAUUUGAGAGGAGUCCUUUAGGGCUGAAGCAUUUGGAAAGUGCUGGGUGGAGGUGUGUGUGUGUGUGUGUGUGUGUGGAUCUUCAGAUGGGAGGAUAUUGAGGCAGUUAUGAUAAUUCUUCAGUUGUGCUCACUCAGGUACUCUACUAUAUAUGAUGGUGUGUAUAGACUGUAUGGACAGUAUAUGAAUGGACAAGGUGUGUACAGCAGUAGUUAUAUAGGAUGGGCCAUGACUAGAAUACAGUAUAUACAGUGAGGGGGGGAAAAGUAUUUGAUGCUGAUUUUGUACGUUUGCCCACUGACAAAGUCAUGAUCAGUCUAUAAUUUUAAUGGUAGGUUUAUUUGAACAGUGAGAGACAGAAUAACAACAAAAAAAUCCAGAAAAACACAUGUCAAUAAUGUUAUAAAUUGAUUAGCAUUUUAAUGAGGGAAAUAAGUAUUUGACCCCUCUGCAAAACAUGACUUAGUACUUGGUGGCAAAACCCUUGUUGGCAAUCACAGAGGUCAGAUGUUUCUUGUAGUUGGCCACCAGGUUUGCAGACAUCUCAGGAGGGAUUUUGUCCCACUCCUCUUUGCAAAUCUUCUCCAAGUCAUUAAGGUUUCGAGGCUGAAGUUUGGCAACUCGAACCUUCAGCUCCCUCCACAGAUUUUCUAUGCGAUUAAGGUCUGGAGACUGGCUAGGCCACUCCAGGACCUUAAUGUGCUUCUUCUUGAGCCACUCCUUUGUUGCCUUGGCCAUGUGUUUUGGCUCAUUGUCAUGCUGGAAUACCCAUCCACGACCCAUUUUCAAUGCCCUGGCUGAGGGAAGGAGGUUCUCACCCAAGAUUUGACGGUACAUGGCCCCGUCCAUCGUCCCUUUGAUGCGGUGAAGUUGUCCUGUCCCCUUAGCAGAAAAACACCCCCAAAGCAUAAUGUUUCCACCUCCAUGUUUGACGGUGGGGAUGGUGUUCUUGGGGUCAUAGGUAGAAUUCCUCCUCCUCCAAACACGGCGAGUUGAGUUGAUGCCAAAGAGCUUGAUUUUGGUCUCAUCUGACCACAACACUUUCACCCAGUUCUCCUCUGAAUCAUUCAGAUGUUCAUUGGCAAACUUCAGACGGGCCUGUAUAUGUGCUUUCUUGAGCAGGGGGACCUUGCGGGCGCUGCAGGAUUUCAGUCCUUCACAUCGUAGUGUGUUACCAAUUGUUUUCUUGGUGACUAUGGUCCCAGCUGCCUUGAGAUCAUUGACAAGAUCCUCCCGUGUAGUUCUGGGUUGAUUCCUCACCGUUCUCAUGAUCAUUGCAACUCCAUGAGGUGAGAUCUUGCAUGGAGCCCCAGGCCGAGAGAUUGUGUUUCUUCCAUUUGCGAAUAAUCUCACCAACUGUUGUCACCUUCUCACCAAGCUGCUUGGCGAUGGUCUUGUAGCUUAUUCCAGCCUUGUGUAGGUCUACAAUCUUGUCCCUGACAUCCUUGGAGAGCUCUUUGGUCUUGGCCAUGGUGGAGAGUUUGGAAUCUGAUUGAUUGAUUGCUUCUGUGGACAGGUGUCUUUUAUACAGGUAACAAACUGAGAUUAGGAGCACUCCCUUUAAGAGUGUGCUCCUAAUCUCAGCUCGUUACCUGUAUAAAAGACACCUGGGAGCCAGAAAUCUUUCUGAUUGAGAGGGGGUCAAAUACUUAUUUCCCUCAUUAAAAUGCAAAUCAAUUUAUAAAAUCUUUGACAUGCGUUUUUCUGGAUUUUUUGUUGUUAUACUGUCUCUCACUGUUCAAAUAAAUCUACCAUUAAAAUUAUAGACUGAUAAUUUCUUUGUCAGUGGGCAAACGUACAAAAUCAGCAGGGGAUCAAAUACUUUUUUCCCUCACUGUACAUAUAAAGUGGGUGAAACAGGAUGUAAACAGUACUAAAGUGACCAGUGUUCUUUAUGUACAUAAGGCAAAGCAGUCUCUUAAGGUGCAGGGUAGAGUACCGGGUGGUAGCCGGCUAGUAACAGUGACUAAAGUUCAAGGCAGGGUACUGGGUGGAGGCCAGCUAGUGGUGACUAUUUAACAUUCUGAUGGCCUGGAGAUAGAAGCUGUUUAUCAGUCUCUCAAUCCCAGCUUUGAUGCACCUGUACUGUCUCCUCCUUUUAGUGGGGUGAAGUGGCCGUGGCUCGGGUGGCUGAGGUUCUUGAUGUUCUUUUUGCCCUUCCGGUGACACCGGGUGCUGUAGUUGUCCUGAAGGGCAGGCAGUGUGCUCCCAAUGAUGUAUUGGGAUUGCGGAAGAUGCAAUUGCCGUACCAGGCAGUGAUACAGCCCGACAGGAUGCUCUCAAUAGUGGAUCUGUAGAAGUUUGUGAGGGUCUUAGGGGCCAAGCCACAUUUCUUCAGCCUCCUGAUGUUGAAGAGGCGCUGUUGCGCCUUCUUCACCACACUGUCUGUGUGAAGGGACCAUUUCAGGUUGUCAGUAAUGUGCAUGGCAAGGAACUUUUGUACCCUCUCCACUGCGGCCCCGUCGACGUAGAUGGGGGUGUGUUCUCGCUACUGGCUCCUCUAGUCAACAAUCAGCUCCUUCGUUUUGUUGACGUUGAGGGAGAGGUUAUUUUCCUGGCACCACUUCACCAGGGCCAUCACUUCCUCCCUCUAGGCUGUCUUGUCAUUGUUGCAAACUUGAUUGAGUUAGAGACGUGCGUGGCCACGCAGUCAUGGGUGAACAAGGAGUACAGGAGGGGGCUGAGCACGCACCCCUGUGAGGCCCCCGUGUUGAGGAUCAGCGUGGCGGAGGUGGUGUUGCCUACCUUCACCACUUGGGGUCAUCCCGUCAGGAAGUCCAGGACUUGUGCAGGGAGGGCUUCAGACCCAGGGCCUUGAGCUUAGUGAUGAGCUUGGAGUGCACUAUGGUGUUGAAUGCUGAGCUGUAGUCGAUGAACAUCAUUCUUACAAAGCUAUUUAUAUUGUCCAGGUUGGAUAGGGCAGUGUGCAGUGCAAUUGAUAUUGUGUCGUCCAUGGAUCUGUUGGGGCAGUAUGCGAAUUGUAGUGGGUCUAGGUUGUCGGGUAAGGUGGAGGUGAUAUGGUCCUUAACUAGCCUCUCAAAGUACUUCAUGUUGACAGAAGUGAGUGCUACGGGGCGAAAGUCAUUUAGUUCAGUUACCUUCGCUUUCUUGGAUAAAGGAACAAUGGUGGACAUCUUGAAGCAAGUGGGGACAACAGACUGGUAUAUGGGGACAUUGAAUAUGUCCGUAAACACUCCAGCAAGCUGAGGACGAGACUUGGGAUGCCGUCUGGGCCGGCAACCUUGCGAGGGUUAACACGCUUAAUUGACGUACUCACGUCAGCCACGGAGAAUGAGAACAGUCCUAGUUAGCGGAGGGGGCCCGUGUCGGCGGCACGAUGUUUUCCACGAAGCGGGGAAGAAGGUGUUUAACUUAUCAGGGAGCGAGGCGUCUGUGUCCGCGAUGUGGGUCACAGAGGAGUUUGUUCUAGAGUCAUAACAGCGUGUUACACCUUCCAUUCAGUAGAACAUGUUAUUGGUGUGUUCAUCUAGAUAUCAAUGAUGGAAUUGUCUCCUGUUAAAUUCCUGUUGAGUAAAUGUGCAUGUUUCGUGUACCUGCUCACUCAAGGAUUUGGGCUCUCUAAUUGUGUGAGCGCUGAUCACACUGCUACUACAAUCAGAGCAAACGGGCUGCAUUCCCUAUAUACACCCAGUGGGCCCUGGUCAAAAGUAGUGCACUAUAUAGGGAAUAGGGUGCCUUUUGGGACACAGACAGUGCCUUUUGAGCGUGACAGCAGCCCGUAUCGUCCCAGACUGACAGGUCCUUUGAUAUGCUGAUCGUUUGUUUGUUCAUCUGGCUUCCUGCCGCAGGCGUUCACUUCCUCCCCUCCUCCAAACGCAGAUCUUCUCUCUCACUCUCUCGCUCAGCUUCUGCUAUUCUCCUGAGCUCUGCAAACAUCCUGGAGGGCAGACACUUUGCGAGGAGCUGGGAUGUUUGCCUGAGAGCUCCAAAAAGUGAUGUGAAAAUGUCCACUGACACAUCUUUGAUAUAUUUUCAGAUAGCUGUGUGCGAGUAAUACAAAAAAUUAUAAAAUGCCAUUUUUAUAUCACAUCAUGGGACGGUUUCCCAGACACAGAUUCAUCAUAGUCCUAAAAAGCUCUUUCAAGGAAGAACCUCCAUUGAGAAUGCUUUCUAAACCAGGUCUAAGAUAAAUCUGUGUCUGGGGAAACCAGCCCCAUAUGUAUAACCUAGGUUUCCUUCUCUCUCUACCUCCUAUCCAGUCAUCCAAGGUCACUCCACCUCUCCACUCUUCUAAAUCCCCCUCUCUUUCUUCUCCUCCCAGGUGAUGCAGGUGGUGAGGGAUCAGAUCAUGCGAGCGCUGACACAGAAGCCUAAUUCCCUGGACCAGUUGAAGAGUCGCCUGCAGAACCUGAGUUACACUGAGAUCCUGAAGAUACGCCAGUCUGAGAGGAUGAACCAAGAAGACUUCCAGUCCCGCCCUAUCCUGUGAGUCAACUGUGGGUGGUUGAGUGGGUGGUUGAGUGGGUGGGUGAGUGGGUGGGUGAGUGGGUGGGUGUGAGGAUGGGUGUGUGCGUGCGUGCAUGUCCUCUCAAUAGGAAAAUAUAGAACUGCCUGAGAAAGGAAGCAGUCAGUGAUAUUUCUAGGUAGAUGUACCCAAUCCUUCAUUAAAAGAGGAGAAAAACAUUGAGGCAGUGAGAGGGAAGAAAGGAAAUAUUCAUGACAUGGAUGUCCUCAUGCCCCAUCCUUUAUCCAGUCCAAAAACAGGAACAAGAGACAAGUGGAAGAAAGGAAACACGUUCGUUAAUACUAAUUUAAUAGAACCCCCCGUCCCUCCACCCCUCGCUCAUUUCCAUCCAUUUACCAUAUAAUGUCGGCUAUUGGCAUGGCACACCUGCGUUCGGUUCCCCUCAUGAUUGAAAAUCUGCAUUAAAAUCGAAUUUGUCUACAAAUGUUAUUCUGAGUGAAUACUCCAUUAAGGUCUGAUAACGCAUUAGACUAGAGAGAGAGUGAGUGUGUGUGUGUGUUCAGUUCUAUUAAAGCAGUCAUUAACUGCUUAUGGAUAAAGUCAUGGUAAUGAAGAACAUUGUUUGUUCUGUCACUGUAUUUUAAGGAAUGGAGCAUCUAGCUGUAUUGAAAAUCAUUUCAUACAGCCAGCUUUGUCUCUGAAGAAUGAUCAAUACCGGACAAUGGGAUUUAUGAAGCUGAUAAUGAUAAUGUGAAAGGGUAAUUGUUAUUGGAGAAAUGAGGGAGGGGAUAUGGUUUUAGCUUUUAGAUGGUAAGCGUCAGAUGUUUGGGCAGGUGGGGUUGUUCAAACGUUAGGUUUGCAAUGUGCUGGAAAGAAAGGCCAGUGAAAUAUUUACAUUCCGUAAAGGCACUGACUCAAAUUAGACCAUCUUAUAUGAACAGGGUCUUAUAAAGAAUUAAUAUUAAAUUCAUUAGUGCAGAGGAAACAUUUAUGAGAGAAGGCGUUAGGAUGCGUCCCAAAUGGUACCCUAUUCCCUACAUAGGGCCCUCGUCAAAAGUUAUGCACUUAAUGUACAGCUUUACCUAAUGUAAUCUACAAUACAGUAACUGUAUAGAAGGGGAGAAAUAUCAUUUAUAAUUAAUUCUCGAAUCCUCCAUAUAAUUUUGGUUCAAUAUUUCACACUUAAAUAUGAAGUACAUUUCCAUUUUCUAUUUUGAUUCCACUCCCAUCUCAGUGGGUCCUGCCACUUUAUACUCUGUGUCCAAGUACAUUUGAUACUAGCCAAUCUAGAGUAUUAUCUAUGGUAUGUAGCCUUGGAAAUAGCUUAUUUAGCUAAUUUUGGUGAUUUUCAGAGGUGAAUAGUGAAUGAGAUUGAGCUACAAUGAAUCUGAUUUAUAAAAUGGCAGUGCCAAACGUCUGCGACACAGGCACGGCCACAGACAAAGACAAUUUCACUAUGGGAGUCGAGCCAUAUAGAUUAUUCCCACGCAAAUGUUAUACAUCAAAUGCCCUAGCUGUCAUUACAUGUACAGUAACUGAAUCCAUUCCUUAGCGUCCUCUCCCACUGACCGUUAGUUAUCAGAGUAGGGUGAAGUUGCCCCUAGACGCUGAUCUUGGGUCAGUUUAGCAUUUUCCCCACUAGGAUUGGGGGAGGGGAAGCUGAUCCUAGAUCUGUACCUAGGGGAAACUUCACCCUUACAUGUAUGUCUACUCAACAUCCAACUACAGAUCAAUGUAAUGACUUGGUCCACUGAUGAUCAGAAAGCACAGAGCCAGUGAAAAUAAUUGCUAGGGAAAGGCACAGAGAGACUGACCUAAUGAGAAAGAGAAUCUGUUUCGACAAUCAGCUCCACAGCAGCCACCUAAUUGGCUGUUCUUUCCACAGCAGCCCUCUGAUUGGCUGUUCUUUCCACAGCAGCGUCCUGACUGGCUGUGGAGCUGUGGGACUAUGUGGGCGCUGUUUUCUCUGUGUUACGGACUGACUGGUUUCUGUUCUCUCUGUGACUGACUGACUGUUUAUAUGUCUUGUCCGUAGGGAGCUGCGGGAGAAGAUCCAGCCAGAGAUCAUGGAGCUGAUCAAACAACAGAGGCUCAACCGUCUGUGUGACGGAACCUGUUUCAGGAAGAUCAGCAGCCGCCGGAGGCAAGGUGGGGGUAACACAUACAUGCACACACACUAAUUACUUGGACUGCCUCUUCAGUCACUAUUUGCCUUUGUGGUCAGUAAUGGCCCUGGCGCUGUGAAUCCAGAAAACACACACGUACACACGCACAAAUACAGGUGUGCCAAACCAAACAUAAAGAACACCUUCCUAAUUGAGUUGCACCUCCCCAUACUCCCUUUUACCCUCAGAACAGCCUCAAUUCGUCGGGGCAUGGACUCUACAAGGUGUCAAAAGCGUUCCACAGGGAUGCUGGCCCAUGUUGACUCCAAUGCUUCCCACAGUUGAGUCAAGUUGGCUGGAUGUCCUUUGGGUGGUGGACCAUUCUUGAUACACACUGGAAAUUGUUGAGGUGAAAAACCCAGUAGCAUUGCAGUUAUUGACACACUCAAACCGGUGCACCAGGCACCUACUACCAUACCCCGUUCAAAGGCACUGAAAUCUUUUGUCUUGACCCAUUCACCUUCUGAAUGGCACACAUGCACAAUCCAUGUCUCAAAGCUUAAAAAUUAAGCUUUUGUCUCCUCCCCUUCAUCUACACUGAUUUGAAGUGGAUUUAACAAGUGACAUCAAUAAGGGAUCAUAGCUUUCACCUGGAUUCACCUGGUCAGUCUAUGUCAAGGAAAGAGCAGGUGUCCUUAAUGUUUUGUAUAGUCAGUGUAUAACACAGUGUCAGGAACUUACUAAGACAGCCUACUGCUUCCAAAAGCAGCUAAUAUCUGAGCUGUGUGGCUCUUGCCUUUUUGUCUGGAACGGUUUCUGUCCCCAGCUCUACAGUACCACUGAGCCUCAUUGCUCUAAAGUGCAUGAAUCGAUUUUAGUAAUGGAGGAACGGCCUAAUUACAUUCCCGGCCGGGCUUCUAAAGCUCUUCCCCGGUCAUCUCAGAGUUCUGGAAUGGACAUGAGGUUGGUUAGCGUGACUCUUCAGAGCCUUUGGACCCAGAUAGAACCAGUUCCUUCAGUGCUUCGGAUGUAUGAGGGAAUUGUGGGCGUUUUAUCUGUCAGUGACUCCUCUUUUGUCUUAGGAAUUUGUUCACGUCGUGUGUCCCAGGUCCCAUUACAUUCUACAUAGCUUUUAUUAACAGUAAAAUAAAAAUCCCUCCUUUCAGUAGAAGCUUAGGUUAUGGCUGUGUUCCAAAAUGGCACCCUAUUCCCUAUAUAGUACACUACUUUUGACCAGAGCCCUAUGGGUCCUGGUCAAAAUAAGUGCACUUUAAGGGAAUAGGGUGCCAUUUGGGACACAGAAUAUGUCUCCCUGUCCUUGAUUUAACUGUGGCGGUGGAAUGGAAGCCUGUUCAUCCUUUCCCUGUAAAUGACUGUGGAGCUAGACGACAGAUAAAGCUUUUACACUUCAGAGUGGAGUAUUUGGGGGAGCAUUGAGCCUAAUAUCCUUUUUCACACUGACUGACUGGCUAGCGUGUAGGCCUGGGCACGGCAAGGAGAGAGGAGAGGAGAGGAGAGAGGAGAGGAGAGAGGAGAGGAGAGGGGAGAGGGAGAGGGGAGAGAGGAGAGGGGAGAGGGGAGAGAGGGAGAGGGGAGAGAGGAGAGGAGAGCACAGCACAGCACAGCACAGCACAGCACAGCACAGGGGGAGGCCUUAUUAGUUAGCUAUAAUGUUGCGCUUUUCACAGCCGGAGAGGAUUAAAUCUCCCCACCCAAGACCAGACUCCAUCUCUCUCUGUCCUCCUCAGUCUCUCCCCUAAACUGACAUAAACAGCUUCUGUCUCUGUCUCUCGCUCUCUCUCACGCACACAAACACACACACACACACGCUGUGGUCCCAGCCCAGGGCCUAUAGGCUGUUGGCUGUCUGACACCACACUGUAGAGUACCUGAGUGAGCACAACUGAAUAAUUAUUAUUGCCUCAAUAUCCUCCCAUCUGAAGACACACCCACACCUCCACCCGGCACUUUCCAAGUGCUUCAUCCCUAAACGACUCCUCUCAAAUCAUAUUUACACAUACAAUAAUCAUAUACAAAUGGAGGCUUGAGUCUCCCUUCCAUCGCUAAGUGUGAGGCCGGAACAGUAUUUAGGGAAUCUCUAAAAGCUGAGUACCUACAGUGCCUUCAGAAAGUAUUCACACCCCUUGACUUUUUCCACAUUUUGUUGUGUUACAGCUUGAAUUUAAAAUUGAUUAAAUUGAGAUUUUGUGUCACUGGCCUACACACAUUAUGUUUUUAUAAUUUUUUUCAAAUGUAUUAAAAUGAAAGCUGAAAUGUCUUGAGUCAAUACGUAUUCAACCCCUUUGUUAUGGCAAGUGCUUAACAAGUCACAUAAUAAGUUGCAUGGACUCACUCUGUGUGCAAUAAUAGUGUUUAACAUAAUUUUUUUAUGACUAUCACAUCUCUGUACCCCACACAUACAACUAUCUGUAGGGUCCCUCUGUCGAGCAGUUUCAAACACAGAUUCAACCACAAAGACCAGGGAGGUUUUCCAAUGCUUCCUAAGGGCACAUAUUGGUAGAUAGUUCAAAUAAAAAAAGCAGACAUUGAAUAUCCCUUUGAGCAUGGUGAAGUUAUUAAUUACACUUUGGAUGGUGUCCCAUAACCGGCCGUGACCGGGAGUCCCAUAGAGCGGCGCACAAUUGGCCCAGCAUCGUCCGGGUUAGGGGAGGGUUUGGCCGGGUAGGGCUUUACUUGGCUCAUCGCGCUCUAGCGACUCCUUGUGGCGGGCCGGGCGCCUGCAGGCGGACUUCGGUCAUCAGUUAAACAGUGUUUCCUCCUAACACAUUGGUGCAGCUGGCUUCCGGGUUAAGCGAGCGGGUGUUAAGAAGCGCGGCUUGGCGUGUCAUGUUUUGGAGGAUGCAUGACGCAGUUUGGGGAGUUGCAGCGAUGAGACAAGAUCGUAAUCACGAAAUUGGGGAGAAAAAGGGUAUACAAAAAUGUGCAAUAAAGCACUAAAGUAAAACUGCAAGAAAUGUGGCAAAGAAAUUAACUUUAUGUCCUGAAUACAAAGCGUUAUGUUUGGGGCAAAUCCAACACAACACAUUGCUGAGUACAACACUUCAUAUUUUCAAGCAUGGUGGUGGAUGCAUCAUGCUAUGGGUAUGCUUGUCAUCGGCAAGGACUAGGGAGUUUUUUAGGAUAUAAAUAAAUAGAAUGGAGCUAAGCACAGGCAAAAUCCUAGAGGAAAACCUGGUUGUCUGCUUUCCAACAAACACUGGGAGACAAAUUCAGGUUUCAGCAGGUAAUAACCUAAAGCACAAGGCCAAAUAUACACUGGGGUUGCUUACCAAGACGACAUUGAAUGUUCCUCAGUGGCCUAGUUACAGUUUUGACUUAAUUUGGCAUGAAAAUCUUUGGCAAGACUUGAAAAUGACUGUCUAGCAAUGACCAACAACCCACUUGACAGAGCUUAAAGAAUUUUUAAAAGAAUAAUGUACAAAUAUUGUACAAUCCAGGUGUGCAAAGCUCUUAGAGACUUACCAAGAAAAACUCACCACUGUAAUCGCUGCCAAAGGUGAUUCUAACAUGUAUUGACUCGGGGGUGUGAAUACUUAAGUAAAUUAUAUAUUUCUGUAUUUCAUUUUCAAUAGAUUUGCAAAAGUUUCUAAAAACAUGUUUUCACUUUGUCAUUAUGGGGUAUUGUGUGUGUGUAUAUGGGUGAGGGGAAAAAACCUAUUUCAUCCAUUUUGAAUUCAGGCUGUAACACAACAAAAUGUGGAAUAAGUCAAGGGGUGUGAAUACUUUCUGAAGGCACUGUAGCUGACAAACAGCAGUCUGGGGCACCUGUCUUUCAAGUACAGAUGCCUACAGUAUGUGGCAAAUAAAGGUACGUAUACAGUGGGGGAAAAAAGUAUUUAGUCAGCCACCAAUUGUGCAAGUUCUCCCACUUAAAAAGAUGAGAGAGGCCUGUAAUUUUCAUCAUAGGUACACGUCAACUAUGACAGACAAAUUGAGAUUUUUUUCUCCAGAAAAUCACAUUUUAGGAUUUUUAAUGAAUUUAUUUGCAAAUUAUGGUGGAAAAUAAGUAUUUGGUCAAUAACAAAAGUUUCUCAAUACUUUGUUAUAUACCCUUUGUUGGCAAUGACACAGGUCAAACGUUUUCUGUAAGUCUUCACAAGGUUUUCACACACUGUUGCUGGUAUUUUGGCCCAUUCCUCCAUGCAGAUCUCCUCUAGAGCAGUGAUGUUUUGGGGCUGUCGCUGGGCAACACGGACUUUCAACUCCCUCCAAAGAUUUUCUAUGGGGUUGAGAUCUGGAGACUGGCUAGGCCACUCCAGGAUCUUGAAAUGCUUCUUACGAAGCCACUCCUUCGUUGCCCGGGCGGUGUGUUUGGGAUCAUUGUCAUGCUGAAAGACCAGCCACGUUUCAUCUUCAAUGCCCUUGCUGAUGGAAGGAGGUUUUCACUCAAAAUCUCACGAUACAUGGCCCCAUUCAUUCUUUCCUUUACACGGAUCAGUCGUCCUAGUCCCUUUGCAGAAAAAACAGCCCCAAAGCAUGAUGUUUCCACCCCCAUGCUUCACAGUAGGUAUGGUGUUCUUUGGAUGCAACUCAGCAUUCUUUGUCCUCCAAACACGACGAGUUUGAGUUUUUACCAAAAAGUUAUAUUUUGGUUUCAUCUGACCAUAUGACAUUCUCCCAAUCCUCUUCUGGAUCAUCCAAAUGCACUCUAGCAAACUUCAGACGGGCCUGGACAUGUACUGGCUUAAGCAGGGGGACACGUCUGGCACUGCAGGAUUUGAGUCCCUGGCGGCGUAGUGUGUUACUGAUGGUAGGCUUUGUUACUUUGGUCCCAGCUCUCUGCAGGUCAUUCACUAGGUCCCCCUGUGUGGUUCUGGGAUUUUUGCUCACCGUUCUUGUGAUCAUUUUGACCCCACGGGGUGAGAUCUUGCGUGGAGCCCCAGAUCGAGGGAGAUUAUCAGUGGUCUUGUAUGUCUUCCAUUUCCUAAUAAUUGCUCCCACAGUUGAUUUCUUCAAACCAAACUGCUUACCUAGUGCAGAUUCAGUCUUCCCAGCCUGGUGCAGGUCUACAAUUUUGUUUCUGGUGUCCUUUGACAGCUCUUUGGUCUUGGUGGAGUUUGGAGUGUGACUGUUUGAGGUUGUGGACAGGUGUCUUUUAUACUGAUAACAAGUUCAAACAGGUGCCAUUAAUACAGGUAACGAGUGGAGGACAGAGGAGCCUCUUAAAGAAGAAGUUACAGGUCUGUGAGAGCCAGAAAUCUCGCUUGUUUGUAGGUGACCAAAUACUUAUUUUCCACCAUAAUUUGCAAAUAAAUUCAUUAAAAAUCCUACAAUGUGAUUUUCUGGAGUUUUUUUCUCAAUUUGUCUGUCAUAGUUGACGUGUACCUAUGAUGAAAAUUACAGGCCUCUCUCAUCUUUUUAAGUGGGAGAACUUGCACAAUUGGUGGCUGACUAAAUACUUUUUUCCCCCACUGUAUAUGUCUACAUAAAAAUAAUUACAAGAAAUAUGGAUACAAGUGCCAUUAUGGGCUCCCAAGUGGAGCAGUGGUCUAAGGCACUGCAUCUCAGUGCUUGAGGCGUCACUACAGACCCCCUGGUUCGAUUCCAGGCUGUAUCACAACCGGCCGUGAUUGGGAGUCCCAUAGGGCGGCGCACAAUUGGCCCAGCGUCGUCCGGGUUUGGCCGGUGUAGGCCGUCAUUGUAAAUAAGAAUUUGUUCUUAACUGACUUGCCUAGUUAAAUAAAGGUAAAAUAAAAAAUAAAAUAAAAAAUGUUGUAUGCAUGCAUCACGUGUACCAAAAGUGCAUCCAAAAACAUCAAACAAAUAUUUUCUUAGUCAAUUAUGUAGAUAUGAAAUAAAUGAUGAAUUGGAGAUGAGCUUCAGAUGGCUGUGUAGUAUCUCCAACAGCUGAGGAACAGAAACAACAACAUCCCAUAAGAUAAGACAAUCUGAGCAGCAUUCUAUCUGGAGGCUAGAUAUCUCCAGUCUAAAUCCUCUCGCUCUCUCUCCUCCCUCACUCUCUCUCUGCACUCCCUAAGCAGUCAGUCUCUCUUCUCACACCACACUAGGCACGACACAGCCACUCCCCACAGACCAGCGCCAGCCUCCCUGCUGCCAAAUGUCUAUUCUCAGCAAUUAGGAUUUGGACUGUGUCGCCAAUGCGUGCGCCAACCAACCCUCCCCAGUCCCCAGCCUAGUUUUGCUCUUCCAGGGACGUGCAUAAUGGGUAGAGAAUAAAGUGCCAGGCCUUGCUCUACGGGAGCCCUGCCCACAGUGCCCAGGCAUGCCAGUCUGUGUGCCAGACGGACCCAACUGCCCAGCGGGCGAUAGCACCCCGGUGCUAUCAGUUACGCUAGCCACCUCAGACACAUGAGAACAUCACACACCACAGCCCAUGAGAACAUCACACAACACAGCCCAUGAGAACAUCACACACCAUAGCUCAUGAGAACAUCACACACCACAGCCCAUGAGAACAUCACACACCACAGCCCAUGAUAACAUCACACACAUCAAUCAGUCAAUCAGUCAAAUGUAUUUAUAAAGACCUUUUUACAUCAGCAGAUGUCACAAAGUGCUAUACAGAAACCCAGCCUAAAACCCCAAACAGCAAGCAAUGCAGAUGUAGAAGCACGGUGGCUAGGAAACACUCCCUAGGAAGAAACCUAGAGAGGAACCAGGCUCUGAGGAGUGGCCAGUCCUCUUCUGGCUGUGCUGGGUGGAGAUUAUAAGAGUACAUGGCCAUUAAGGCCAGAUUGUUCUUCAAGAUGUUCAAAUGUUCAUAGAUGACCAGCAGGGUUGUAGAGGGUGCAACAGGUCAGUACCUCAGGAGUAAAUGUCAGUUGGCUUUUCAUAGCCGAGCAUUUAGAGGUCAAGACAGCAGGUGCGGUAGAGAGAGAGAGAGAACACAGCACGUCUGGGACAAGGUAGCACGUCCAGUGAACAGGUCAGGGUUCCCUAGCUGCAGGCAGAACAGUUGAAACUGGAGCAGCAGCACGACCAGGUGGACUGGGGACAGCCUGGAGACAUCAGGUCAGUUAGUCCUGAGGCAUGGUCCUAGGCCUCAGGUCCUCCGGGAGGGGAGGGAGAGAGGGAGAGAAUUAGAGGGAGCAUACUUACAUUUACACAGGACACCAGAUAAGACAGGAGAAAUACACCAGAUAGGACAGACUGACCCUAGCCCCCCGGCAUAUAGACUAUUGCAGCAUAGAUACUGGAGGCUGAGGGUCGGGGGACACUGUGGCCCCGUCUGACGAUACCCCCGGACAGGGCCAACCAGGCAGGAUAUAACCCCACCCACUUUGCCAAAGCACAGCCCCCACACCACUAGAGGGAUACCAACAGACCACCAACUUACUACCCUGAGACAAGGCUGAGUAUAGCCCACGAAGAUCUACUCCACCGCACGAGCCCGAGGGGGCGCAAAACCAUACAGGAAGAUCACGUCUGUGACUCAACCCACUCAAGUGAUGCACCCCUCCUAGGGACGGCAUGGAAGAGCACUACUAAGCCAAUGACUCAGCCCCUGUAAUAGGGUCAGAGGCAGAGAAUCCCAGCUCAUGAUAACAUCAUACAAUAGAGCCCAUGAUAACAUCACACACCACAGACCCAUAGUGGUACACAGUGAGAACAUUUUCCAGGAGACCAUCAUCAGACAGGCCAGAAAGGUCAUAUCAGACCCCACACAGCACUGAACACAGAGUUCCAGAUGAUGCCAUCAGGAAGGCGUUAUAGGGUGCCUGGAUGCAGGCUGAACAGAUAUAAACAUUCUUUUGUCCCCCUGUCAAUAAAACUGCUAAACAGCAGGGGAGACGGAGGGAGACGGCAAUAACGGACUGGAGCCUGGCCUGUAGGCCUUCAUCAUGUGGAACUGCCACCUAGUCACAGCCUGGCCUGGCAUGAAUUUCUCAACUUUUUGUGUGGGCUGGGAGGGGGGUGUAUGAUAGGCUGUUGUUCUAUGUGUUUGUGUAUUUAUGUGGAAGCAGUAUCACACAAAUGUCCCCUCUGGGACAAUAAAGUAUAUCAUAUAUCACACCUGAAUCAGGUGCCACUAACUGUCUGUGUCUGACUGUCCAUAUGGGAUAGUGUUAGGGUUGUUGUGUUUGGUGUUGCUGCUUUGGGUGGUUCUGGUCAAUACAGUUCAUACAGCAUCUAGGUUUAUUAGUGUCUGUUUCACAGGUUUGUUGGUCUUCUAUGCUGGUCCUAUCCUCCCUCAUCAUACACUGAUUUGCUAUUUUUAUCUGUCGAUCUUGACAUGAACCCUAGUUCUCUCUCUCUCCAUCUUUCUCUCUCUCUCCCCCUCUCCCACUCUAUCUUUCUCUCUCCCACUUUCUCUCCCCGCUCCUCUAUCUUUCUCUCUCUCCCCCUCUUCCACUCUCUUUCUCUCUCUCUCCCCCUCUCUAACUCUCUCUACCCCCCCCUAUCUUUCUCCCCCCCCCCCCUCUAUCUUUCUCUCCCACUCUCUCCCCCCCCCCCCCCCCCCCCCCCCCUCUAUCUUUCUCUCUCUCUCCAUAGAUAAGUUCUGGUACUGUCGACUGUCUCCGAACCAUAAAGUCCUGCACUAUGGAGAUCUGGAGGAGAGCCCUCAGGGAGAGGUGCCCAAUGACUCUCUACAGGAAAAAUGUGAGUAGUAGCAACACAAGUACUGCUCUGGGUCAAACAAACUGACUGUCAGUUUUCUUUUUUUUUAAGCCAAGUGCAACUUGCAAAAUAAUAGUUUACUGCCAGGGUGCCUGACGAAGAUGGUUGUUACUGACGUUGUUAGUAGUUCAUGUAGCAUGUCAACAGAAUAGUAGUUGACACUAAAUCUAACGGAUGAUUAUGACAGGAUGUUAUUCAUGAUGUUGACGUUCCUCUCUUCCUCCUCCUCCUCCUCCUCCUCUUCCUCCUCCUGUAGUGCCUGUGGCCGAUAUCAAAGCGGUGGUCACUGGUAAGGACUGCCCUCACAUGAAGGAGAAGGGAGCUUUGAAGCAGAACAAGGUGAGUGUGCGUACAGUAGCUGUCUGUGUCUUAUGUAACAGUAUCUGUCUGUGUAUGUGUCUCUUUGAUAACAGUAUCUGUCUGUGUUUCUGUGUCUUAUAUAACAGUAUCUGUCUGUGUUUCUGUGUCUUAUAUAACAGUAUCUGUCUGUUUCUGUGUCUUAUAUAACAGUAUCUGUCUGUGAAUGUGUGCCUUAUAUAACAGUACAGUAUUUGUCUGUGUAUCUGUGUCUUAUAUAACAGUAUCUGUCAGUGUAUCUGUGUCUUAUAUAACAGGAUCUGUGUUUCUGUGUCUUAUAUAACAGUAUCUGUCAGUGUAUCUGUGUCUUAUAUAACAGGAUCUGUGUUUCUGUGUCUUAUAUAACAGUAUCUGUCUGUGUAUCUGUGUCUUAUAUAACAGGAUCUGUGUUUCUGUGUCUAAUAUAACAGUAUAUGUCUGUGUAUAUGUGUCCUAUAUAACAGUACAGUAUACAGUGCUAUGAAAAAGUAUUUGCCCCCUUUCUAAACUUUUAGGUAUUUUUGAUACUGAAUGUUAUCAGAUCUUCAACCAAAACGUAAUAUUAGAUAAAGGGAACCUGAGUGAACAAAUAACACAACAAUUACAUACUUAUUUCAUUUAUAUCAUAAACAAAGUUAUGCAACACCCAAUUGCCCCCUUACACUCAAAAACUGGUUGUGCCACCUUUAGCUGCAAUUACUCCAACCAAACGCAACUUGUAGUUGUUGAUCAGUCUCUUACGUCGCUGUGGAGGAAUUUUGGCCCACUCUUGCAUGCAGAACUGCUUUAACACAGCGACAUUUAUGGUUUUUCAAGCAUGAACUGCUCGUUUCCAUUCCUGCCAUAACAUUUCAAUUGGGAUUAGGUCUGGACUUUGACUAGGCCAUUCAGUACAUCACUUGGGCCAAGCAUCCUGCCAUCCAGGACCUCUACACCAGGCGGUGUCAGAGGAAGGCCCUAAAAAUUGUCAAAGACUCCAGCCACCCUAGCCAUAGACUGUUCUCUCUAGCUACCACACUGCAAGCGGUACCGGAGCGCCAAGUCUAGAUCCAAAAGGCUUCUUAACAGCUUCUACCCCCAAGCCAUAAAAAUCCUGAACAGCUAGUCAAAUGGCCACCCAGACUAUUUGCAUUGUUCCCCCCCCUCCAUCUUUUACGCUGCUGCCACUCUCUGUUUAUUAUCUAUGCAUAGUCACUUUAACUCUACAUACAGUAUCUCACAAACGUGAGUACACCCCUCACAUUUUUGUAAAUAUUUGAGUAUAUCUUUUCAUGUGACAACACUGAAGAAAUGACACUUUGCUACAAUGUAAAGUAGUGAAUGUACAGCUUGUAUAAUAGUGUAAAUUUGCUGUCCCCUCAAAAUAACUCAACACACAGCCAUUAAUGUCUAAACCGCUGGCAACAAAAAUGUGUACACCCCUAAGUGAAAAUGUCCAAAUUGGGCCCAAUUAGCCAUUUUCACUCCCCGGUGUCAUGUGACUCGUUAGUGUUACAAGGUCUCAGGUGUGAAUGGGGAGCAGGUGUGUUAAAUUUGGUGUCAUCGCUCUCACACUCCCUCUGUAGCUCAGCUGGUAGAACACGGCGCUUGUAACGCAGAAGGUAGUGGGUUCGAUCGCCGGGACCACCCAUACACACAAAAAAAUAUAUGCACGCAUGACUGUAAGUCGCUUUGGAUAAAAGCGUCUGCUAAAUGGCAUAUUAUUAUUAUUAUUAUUAUACUGGUCACUGGAAGUUCAACAUGGCACCUCAUGGAAAAUAACUCCCUGAGGAUCUGAAAAAAAAGAAUUGUUGCUCUACAUAAAGAUGGCCUGGGCUAUAAGAAGAUUGCCAAGACCCUGAAACUGAGCUGCAGCACGGUGGCCAAGACCAUACAACGGUUUAACAGGACAGGUUCCACUCAGAACAGGCCUCGCCAUGGUCGACCAAAGAAGUUGAGUGAACGUGCUCAGCAUCAUAUCCAGAGGUUGUCUUUGGGAAAUAGACGUAUGAGUGCUGCCAGCAUUGCUGCAGCGGUUGAAGGGGUGGGGGGGGUCAGCCUGUCAGUGCUCAGACCAUACGCCGCACACUGCAUCAAAUUGGUCUGCAUGGCUGUCGUCCCAGAAGGAAGCCUCUUCUAAAGAUGAUGCACAAGAAAGCCCGCAAACAGUUUGCUGAAGACAAGCAGACUAAGGACAUGGAUUACUGGAACCAUGUCCUGUGGUCUGAUGAGACCAAGAUAAACUUGGUGAGGAGUACAAAGACAAGUGUGUCUUGCCUACAGUCAAACAUGGUGGUGGGAGUGUCAUGGUCUGGGGCUGCAUGAGUGCUGCCGGCACUGGGGAGCUACAGUUCAUUGAGGGAACCAUGAAUGCCAACAUGUACUGUGACAUACUGAAGCAGAGCAUGAUCCCCUCCCUUCGGAGACUGGGCCGCAGGGCAGUAUUCCAACAUGAUAACGACCCCAAACACACCUCCAAGACGACCACUGCCUUGCUAAAGAAGCUGAGGGUAAAGGUGAUGGACUGGCCAAGCAUGUCUCCAGACCUAAACCGUAUUGAGCAUCUGUGGGGCAUCCUCAAACGGAAGGUGGAGGAGUGCAAGGUCUCUAACAUCCACCAGCUCCGUGAUUUUGUCAUGGAGGAGUGGAAGAGGACUCCAGUGGCAACCUGUGAAGCUCUGGUGAACUCCAUGCCCAAGAGGGUUAAGGCAGUGCUGGAAAAUGAUGGUGGCCACACAAAAUAUUGACACUUUGGGCCCAAUUUGGACAUUUUCACUUAGGGGUGCACUCACUUUUGUUGCCAGCGAUUUAGACAUUAAUGGCUGUGUGUUGUGUUAUUUUGAGGGGACAGCAAAUUUACACUGUUAUACAAGAUGUACACUCACUACAUUACAUUGUAGCAAAGUGUCAUUUCUUCAGUGUUGUCACAUGAAAAGAUAUACUCAAAUAUUUACAAAAAUGUGAGGGGUGUACUCACUUUUGUGAGAUACUGUAGAUGUACAUAUUACCUCGACUCACCUGUACUCCCGCACAUUGACUCUACCGGUACCCCCUGUAUAUAGCCUUGCUACUGUUAUUUUACUGCUGCUCUUUAAUUAUUUGUUUUUAUAUUUUACUUAUCUAUUUUUUACACACUUAUUUUUCUUAAAACUGCAUUGUUGGUUAAGGGCUUGUAAGUAAGCAUUUCACUGUAAGGUCUACACCGGUUGUAUUCGGCGCAUGUAACAAAUCCGAUUUGAUUUGAUCUUCUAUGUAUAGAAGGUGAACUUGUGUUUAGUCCUGCCAGCCUGUGUGCUGGUACGUAGGCCCCAGCCUCUGCAGGUCCUGCCUCGGUAGUGACUAGAAACCAAUACAUUCUGCUGACACUGACAGAUUAUGUCCUGUAAAUAUAGCCUUGAAGACAAAGGAGCACCGCUCCUCCCUCGCCUGGACCUUUAUUACUCUGUCGAUAAAUCUGGUGUCUGAAAGAAUGGGCCUACAGGUCUGUGGGCUGGCUGGCUGGAUGGAUGGCUGGCCCUUGUUUGGGCUGUUUGAAUGGGAACACGAGCGGAGCAGCAUUCAUUACUCAAGCUGUAAGACAGAAAAAGUAACCUCUCUGGUCCCGGGCAGCGCAGCCAUAGACCUAGGAUUCGUCUCUAAUGGUACCCUAUUCCCUAUGGGCCUUUGUCAAAGGUAGUGUACUAUAUAGGUCAUAGGGUUCAUACUGUAGGUGUCCACUAUCUAUGUGGUUGCGUGCCAUUUGCUACAGAAUUUCUUUAGCAGUUCUGCGGCAUUUGAGGACAAGCGAGAGACAUCUGUUUCAAAGGAGCCGUAACAGAUUUGAACAAAUAGACAUCAGCUCUCCUUCAGUGUUCUCUGUGUGGAAUUCUCUCAGGGGUCCCUGUGCAUUCCCCCUCUGAGUGACUCAUUGUUUGCGUACCAAAUGGCACCCUAUUCCCUGUGUACUGCUGACCAGUGUGGAGAACACAAUAAACUGAUCGAAAGUCAGCUUUUGUGUGUUUUCCCUCUAAGGAUUAAGCUAGACUUUAGGGGCAGCUUUUCUCCUGUGUUGGAUAACCGUACGUCUCAAAGUGCUUUUCCGUCCCAGUUUGUCCCCUAGCUGUCCCCCUGCUUAGUGUGUCCGUCCCCUGUCCCCUGGCACCCAGCAUGUGGCGCCGGUACACACAUGGCAGCCAAACCAUCUGGUGUUGGAGUGGCUGGGGAGAGAACGUGUUAAAGAGGCACAGUGGGAGGAACGCACACGCUGGAGAGGAGAGGAGCUCAUUAGCAUGUUGGUGACAGUGCUACAUUUUAACUCCCUCUGUCUCUCUCUCUUCUCCUUCUCUCCCUUCCCCUCCUCUCUUUCUCCCCGCUCUCUCUCCCUCCUUAUCGCCCUCUAUCACUCUGUCCCUCCCCCUUUCUCUCCCUCCCCCUCUCUCUCUCGCCCCCUCUCUCGCUACAGGAGGUUCUGGAGCUGGCCUUCUCCGUCCUCUACGAGUCAGACGAGUAUUUAAACUUCAUCGCUCCGGACAAGCAUGAGGUAAGCACUGAGCAGUUGGCACAGUCACCCAGCCAAUGACAGGUUUCAGAGAUGGAGUGAGAGGAAGUCAAUGGAGGUCGUCCACUCUCAAGCACGACGUGGGAGACUUUAUGUUAAUACACUGCUGUAAAGGUUGUAUGUGUGUUUGUGUGUACUCAUCCUCUCCUGUCUCUCCUCAGUACUGUGUGUGGACGGACGGUCUGAACGCCCUCCUGGGAAAAGAGAUGACCAGUGACUUCACCAAGUCAGACAUGGACACCCUGCUCUCCAUGGAGAUGAAGCUCCGCCUCCUCGACUUGGAGAACAUCCAGAUUCCAGAGGCCCCUCCCCCAAUUCCCAAGGAGCCUAGCAACUAUGACUUUGUUUAUGAUUGCAACUAACUAACCAACCAAUCAAAAUCCCCUAGCUACUGUACUGGAACAACCAACUCUCUCUUUCCUAAAACGGCAACUGGAGAAAAUAAAAAUAAACUAAUGACGAUGAAAAUUAUGAACGACAGAAAAGGGAUUCUAUUGAACAAGUUUCCUUCCUUCUUGCUAAACUUCCUUUUUGAAUUAAAGGGCGCAAUUUAAUAGGUUUGCAGCACUUAAUGACUCUUUGCGUCACUAGGUGGCCCACUGACUGAACCAUCACGUCACCAUGGAGGCCAAACCAGGAAGCAUCCAUAUGGGUCCUUUGGGUCCUAAACCAGAGAUGUUCUUCUAACAUUCUCAACGUUCUCUAAACGUUGUUGUUUGGUCAUCACUCUCCAAGAUGUCUUCACAGUGUUCUUCUCGUCUCAACCCUGCUCACUCUUCACUCCUUAUUUACUGAAGCAUCUGUCAUUUGCUUGGGGUUUGUUGAUAAACGCUUGGUUGACCUUUUUCGUUUUGUUCAUUUUCUAAAGGCUGUUGGAUGAGAGGAGGUGGGGCGUUUUAUAAAAAUUUAAAGAAGUGUUGGGGACAUUAGUCUUUAGCUCUCCAACGUUCUGUGUGCAUCCAAAAUGGCACCGUAUUCCCGAUAUAGUGCACUACUUUUAGUGCACUAUAUAGGGAAUAAAGUAGUGCACUAUAUAGGGAAU